AUGGCACCGGUACAUUUGCGCUUCUAUGCGCUUGUCGACUCUCCGCAUGCUGCUUGGAAAGUCUCCUCGAUCAGGAGGACCCUACGGGAACGAAUAGGAUUUGACGUGGAAGUGGUCGCUGAGUAUUGUUUCCAUGUUAUCCUGAAAGAUGGCGUGGAUUCGGAGGAGUUUCAACAUUUAGAGUUGGAGAAACUGCAGUGGUUAUUAGCACCAAGUCCUUUUGAUGGUCGUUUGUUGCGUAGUUCUCAGCUGAGCGGAACGAUCAAGGAGAUCGGGCCCAGGCUCACAUUUAAAACCGCAUACUGCACAAAUGCGUUGUCGGCGCUAUUAGCGGCCGGCAUCCAUCAAGUGAGCAGACUCGAAAGAACUGUCAGAUACCAAUUCAGUGGUCCUUUACCCGAUGAUGAGACAUUACUGGAAAUCGCCGGGGACCGUAUGACCGAAUGCAUUUAUAUGGAGAACAUCAACUUCACGACCGUGAAAGAACGAGAAAAUUUCUUUCAAGUGGAUGUGCUUGGCGAUCCUGCAAAUUUGGAUAAAGCCAAUAAGGAACUUGGACUUGCUUUCGAUGAACACGAUUUAGUCUACUAUAAGGAUUUGUUCCUGAAUAAACUGAAGAGGAAUCCCACUGAUGUUGAGCUGUUCGACUUGGCACAGUCCGAUUCGGAGCAUUCACGCCACUGGUUCUUCCGAGGAAAGUUGGUGGUCGACGAGAAAGAGAGAAAGGAAUCGUUGAUGGAUUCAAUCAAAGGAACUCAACAACACUCAAAUUCCAACAAUACAAUUGCCUUUUCUGAUAAUUCAAGCGCAAUUCGCGGUUUCAAAGAUGUUUCGUUGCUUCUUCCGUCCGAUCCUACGUCAAGUUCCGCGUUGGAGAUUCGAUGCCAAAAUCGUCACAUCACGUAUUCCGCUGAAACUCAUAAUUUCCCGACAGCUGUUUGUCCAUUCCAGGGAGCUACUACAGGAACAGGAGGACGUAUCCGAGAUACGCACGCUACUGGAAGAGGGUCCCAUGAGAUCGCCGGGAUUGCCGGUUAUUCUUUUGGAAACCUACACUUGCCGAAUUACCGUAUGCCGUGGGAACAUGAAGAGGACAAGUACCCGUACAGUUUUAGUCAUCCAAGCACUAUAGCCAUAGAAGCAUCAAAUGGUGCUUCGGAUUACGGUAACAAAUUCGGAGAACCAGUCAUUUGUGGUUUCGCUCGAUCUUUUGGACAACGCCUUGCAAAUGGGGAACGUUGCGAAUAUGUGAAACCUAUCAUGUUUUCUGGAGGAAUUGGUGCCAUAGAUGAUGGUCAAACAUCGAAGGAACACUGUCGUGAAGGAAUGUACCUGGCAAAAAUUGGAGGUCCAGUAUAUCGAGUUGGCGUUGGUGGUGGCGCGGCUUCGUCGCAAUCCGUGCAAGGUUCACGUGAGUCCACGCUUGAUUUCUGCGCCGUGCAACGAGGAGACGCCGAGAUGGGCCAAAAAUUGCAUCGAGUGGUUCGCGCUUGUGCCGAGCUUGGCGCGUCAAACCCAAUCCUAGCGAUUCAUGAUCAGGGCGCAGGUGGAAAUGGUAACGUACUGAAGGAACUGGUAGAAGGUGGUGGUGCUGUAAUCAACGCGUCAAGCUUUGAACUCGGCGACGACACCAUUUCGGCGAGGGAACUGUGGACAGCUGAGUAUCAGGAGAACGACGCAUGCUUGAUUGAAUCGAGCGGACUAGCGAGGAUGAUGCAAAUAUCAAGACGAGAAAAAUGUACCGUUUCCGUUGUCGGCACUGUUACCGACGAGAAAAGGGUUGUUCUGACAAAUUUCGUCGACGAUGUCAAUGAUAAAAUGCCGGUCGAUUUUGAUACGAAAAUCCUUGGAGAAAGAGAGAAGAAGGUGUUCCACUUAACUUCCGUUCCAACUCAACUCAGGAAGCUCGAACUUCCAGCAAGGUUGACAGUGAGAGAAGCGCUCGAAAUGGUCCUACGUCUUCCGUCGGUGGCUAGUAAGAGAUAUCUAACAUGCAAAGUGGAUCGUUCGGUGACUGGCCUCAUUGCCCAGCAGCAAUGUGUCGGACCUCUUCACACCCCGCUGGCCGAUGUAGCGGUUGUCGCGCUGUCGUACUUUGAUAAGGUAGGUUGCGAUUAUUUCUCUUAA